AUGGAGAUACUUGAUCAGAGCAGCAGCAGCGUGAAGACAGGGAACGACGAGUACUUCCUCCCCCUCUUCCUUCUCCCUGCCGCUGGCGGUAGCCCGUUCCCUUCCGUUGGAUCGGUCCUGCAGGGGUCGGAUGCGGAGUCUCAGGGGGUGGAGGAGGGGGACUUGGUGAUGUCGAUCAAGGAGGGGGAGGAGGAGGAGGCUGAGCAAAUGAUGGUCUCCUCUCCUCUUCCGCUCGUCCAACUUCGGAUGCGACGGAAGGCAGGAAGUUCCUAUCGUGUGACGAUCAGAAAGAUGCGAUCCUCUGAUCUCUUGUCCCACGCCUCCAGCAAGCUGCUGCUUGACCGCCUCCUCCGCGCCUUCCAACGGCAGCAGGAGGCUCUACUCGACGUUCUGAGCGCGACGCAGGAGGAGCAGAGCAGAACGACGCGGGAGUUAGAGGAGGUUUGCGCCAUGCAGCAUGCCAAGAUAGCAGAGCAGCAGGAGAGGGCUAGAGUGGCUGAGAACGAUUGCCAGGACCUCUUGCUCCAGAUCUUGACCAUGCAGGAUGAGCUGGUAGAUCAUCAGGUCGUGAGCAGGCAGGAGGAGGAAGAGGCUCACAGAGACGCGAGGAGAAUGAGCUCUAUGCAGAAGAACGAGGAGCUGCUGCAUCUGCUGGAGGAGAAGGAGCAGCAGCAGCAGCAGCAGCAGCAGCAGAUUGAAGACCUUCAGCGUCACCUGGACGAGGUUGACAAGCACAAAGAGGAGGCGCAGAAACUGGCUUAUCUUCAUCAGCUGGCAACUGAAGAGGUGCGGAGGGAGCAGAGGAAGUCAGAGGCUCUCAGCUUCGAGUACAAGGAGCAGCUAGAGUCCAGCAGGGAGACUUUCUUCGCCGAGGCACGAACUCGAGGAGAGUGCGAGCACGAUCGGAGAGCUGCAGAGGAAGAAUGCUGGUCUGGAGACAGUGAUAGGGAGGAUGAGGAUGGAGGAGGCAGCUACUCGCUCGCUCAUGCGCGACAUGUGGAGGCUCAGCGAGGAGGCCUCAGAGCUCGUGAAGGUGUCGGGGCAGGAACUUGCAACAGGGCUGGAGGUGAGGAGGACGAGGAGGAGUACGAGGAGGACGAGGACGAGCAGGACGAAACGAUUGAAGGGACGGAGAGAGGGAUGGGGAGGACAGAAAGGUUGGGAAGGAACGAGAGAUUGAGGGAGAAAGUAUGGGAGGAGGGAGAGGAGUAG